UUGCGGGUUUGACAACGCCGAAUUCCGCAUCAUUGAUAUUUGGUGACAGAAGUAGCUGGUGAUGGCGGGGUUUAAUUUUGGUGGUUCACAGCCGCCUGCCAGUGGAGGUUUUGGAUUUUCUUUCGGCUCGAACACAAGUACUGCUGGUUCAGCCUUCGGCCAACCUGCCGUGUCUGCACCCUCCACUAAUUUCACGUUUGGGUCGGCGACCGCCGGAACAGCUCCUAACGCCAAUCCGUUCGGUACUCCGUCCACCACGGGCGCUGUUGCCACAACAGGUGGCUUCGGCGCAUUCUCAACUCCUGGCGGAGCUACUGUGACACCCACAUUCGGAUCCAGUCAAUUGCCUAGCGCGCCGACUUUUGGGACCCCUACUCAGCAGUCUUCAACGCCUGGUUUUGGACAAACUGCGACUUCACCGUUUGGCUCGAGUUUGGUAUUUGGUACUCAACCGGCGGUCUCGUUUGGCGGAUUUGGUCAGACGCAACAGCAGCAGCAGACACCAGCCAGCGGAACCGCAUCGAACUUCACCUUUGGCGGGGGAUCGACUACAACAAGUGCUUUUGGCGCACCGGGUGUUGCGGCUUCAACUGCUCCAGCGUUUGGCAGCACAACAGCCGCUCCGACCUUUACAUUCGGACAAACUCUACAACAGCAGGCGGCUCCGACGCAGCCGAACUUCUCGUUCGGCUCUGUAGCGCAGCCGGUAAGCCAGGCCUCAUCGACUUUUUCGUUUGGUCAACCGGCAACAUCAGGUGUCCAAACCACAGCUUUUGGUCAGCCCACAGGUCAAACGAUGUCGGCAUUUGGUCAGAGCCCAGCAUUCGGCCAGACCCAGGUAUCAGCAGCGCCAACAGGUGCAUCAGCCUUUGGCCAGACCACUGGGACUAGCGCGUUUUCCUUUGGAAGCAACACCACCGCAACCAGCGCCCCUCAGACAACACCACUGAAUUUCGGUCAACCAGCUUCUACUGCUCCUACUCCAAGUGGGUUUUCCUUUGGUCAGUCUCCCGCUACGCCGGCCGUGUCCGCGGCGCCGGCAGGUCUCAGUUUUGGGCAACCGGCUGCCAGCGCAGCACCCACGACAACCACUGCAUUCUCAUUUGGGCAAGCAGCUCCUGCGACCACAGGAAUAAGCUCAGGUUUCUUUGGCACCCCGAGUACAAUGACGACUGCAUCCCUUUCGUCUUUCGGUGGUUUUUCAACGCCAGCUAUUAGCACCACCGCCGCGGCACCUGCUACAGCUACCGGCGGUUUCUCAUUCGGCAAUACGCCUGUGCAGCCGCAGGUAAGCAAUGCUCCAGCUGCUCCGACAACGACAGCCACAGGGAUGUUCGGUCUAUCAGCAACUACCACCGCUCCCACACUUGGUUUCUCUUUUAGUACGCCUGCCCAGGCGACGACUGCUACAGUCACGACGACGCCGGCUGUUCCUGCAGCCGGAGGUUUCACAUUCGGAACGUCAACUGUGACAACCACUGCUGUUGCUUCUGCGACUAUUAGUUCACUGUCGUUCGGCCUUAAUUCAGCCACACCGACAACAACAUCAGCAGCUUCAGCUAAUGCGCUUGGCGGCACUGGGUUAGGCGCAGUAACGACGAAACCAACACUCACUACCAGUUUCACUGGUUUUGGGACACCAACGACAGCCGCGACCGUUGCUCCCACGGCCGGAACAACAGCUACGACUGCCGCCUCUUCAAUACUUGGCGGAGUAGGUCUAGCAAAUGCGGUUAGCGGACUGGCGACUUCUACGGCGAUGGUUGCCACCACUUCUACUCCCAGUCUGCGCGUUGGUGCCGCUAUAACGUCAACUACGCCUGCGGGCCUGACGGCAACAACGACAGCUUCUGCAACCAUCACUACAACCGCGGCAGCCGCCACGACGUAUAGCGGAUUCACAUUUGGGGUCCCAACAGCACCCGUCGCAGCAACGACUACGUCUGCGACGACAACUGUCGCACCUGCCGCUACUCCAAUAACAACAGCUGCUUUAAGAACCUUCACCUUUGGGGCUGCAACGACGACGGUGUGCUCGAGUACGACGACGACGGCAGUGGCAGCAACUCCGACGAGUGCAGAAACGGCUAGUGUCGCAAGUGGUGCCACUUCCGUAAGUGCAACGCCUUCGAUUUUUGGGACUCCGACAGGAACCAUAUCAGGCCUUGCUGCUGCUACUGUUAGUACAUCCGCCCCUACUAGCACGGCCUUAGGCACAGUGCCAGCAACAACCAUAGCAACUUCUGGUGCUGCCAGCGUUACUGCCACAAGCAAAGAUCAAACAGUAUCCGAUAGGCCUGCUACGGUAAGGGAUGAGAAAAUCCCACUCGAGUUAGAGCAACUUGUAGAGGCGCUGGGUAAACACCGGCAACAGCAAAAAGCAAUUCGAGAUGAACUGGAUAAGGAUACGCUUAUCCCCGUCGGAAAGACACAGGCGGAAAUUGAAGAGCUACGACUGCGAAUAGGCCGUAUCGAGACAGGGGCGCAGCGUAUUGGAGGUACAUUAGUUAAAUUAAAGGACGAAAUCCUUAGGGAUCGUCAAGAUUCAAAGCUGGCGUGCAAAACCAGCCAGCUAAGAGGAACUGGGUCCGCGGCUUUGUUCGAAGAUACUAAACAAAUUGAAUACUUCAAUAAUAUGGUCAUGUAUUUUCAUCAGCGUCUCCGGACGUACCGACAACAAAUGGUUGAGCUUCAGGCUCAUUUUAAACCAUUGAGAUCCGGUUUUGGGUCGAUGGGAGCUGCCUGCCCACCCACGAAUGCAGAAGUAGCACUGAUUGUUAAAAGACUGCAUGAAACCUUCGUCACCCUUGCAGCUCAAAUCUACAAUGUACAUGAACAGGUACUAUAUGCCGAUGAGUUUUAUCAACGAAGGCGAAAACAAAGUAAUUUGGCAGGACCUAGUUCUUCAAUAUCUCUCGAGAUUCCGACAACACGUAAAGGCCCUUCACCUGACAAGAGGAGAUUAGAGAUCGACAGAAACGAUCCCAUUGGGAUUGGCACUUCACCAAACAACACCUUCACCCGUCACAAUCAAGUGGCCAGUGCCUUGCACAAUAUUAGCCUUCGGUCGGGACUGGACAGCUCGUUCCAAUCAGGAGGUCCCUCUGGUUCCAUGGGAGUAGUCUCAAUAUUCACCCCAGUCCAAUCGACUGUUCCGUCAGCAGGAGCAAACGCUGGUCUCUUCGGAGGGGGUUGGAAUACGAGUCAAACAGCUAUUGGUGUAGGGCCGACAAAUUUGUUUGCUGCAAAUUCCUCGUUCAAUGCGACACAGUUUGGAAACUCGCUACAGCUUCAGUCGCCACCUGGAGCCAACAAGCGCGGAAAACGCUGACAUUAUUUUGUUAAAUAACGUUGAUAGAUCGUGCCCUGAAAACAAAAGAAGUAGGUCGCGUUUUAAUUGGAGAAGCAGAGAAGCUUCGUAAUUUGUCAUUAGACAGACUGAAUAGAGGAUAUUAUCAAGUCACAGAGUUGUAUACGCUUAGGAAGUACUGUGAACUAACGACUUGUUCAUAUCUGAGCAGAUUAUUGUCGAAAAUUGUGUAACUGAUGCGGUCCGCAUGAUGGGCUGCAAGAAGAAUUGAAAUGUUUCCUCGGCGGUGUUACUCUGUUAUUGGCGAAUAGUGAUCAUGUUCGAUUUCAUAGUUCUAGACUGAGACUCUCGUUACACAGCAUUUUUGUAAAUCAGCGUACCGAAAAGCAAACAAGAUGAGGAUAACUAUUGCAACGAGCGCUGAACACCACACCUAAAGUGAGAAAGAUAAAACGGGCCUAGAUAGUCUGAUCAAUUCUUGCACGUGCAUAAUUAUCAUUUGUAGAUUAUGUAUGGGACCGAAACCUCUCAACCAAUCAAUGCCAUAAAGUGAUUAAUUGACCAUAUUUGAGAAAAAACGUUUUUCUGUAAAGUUUUACAAAUUAGUCAACGUUAGCUUUUUUAGCUUAUUAUUUCGCUUUGUUCAUUAUGAAUUCGAAAUGCAUGAGACAAGGAGAUUGUACUGGUCUUUUAAUUUUGGGUGAAGAUACUUCUAAACGAAUAGAGAAACGAUAAUCAUUCUAGGGAUGAUUCCGCAUAGGGACUUUUCCAAAAGCUAACCAAGCCACGAAGAAAACAUACAGAUGAUGACAAUACCCGUCUUAUUGUACGAAAGGAUGAUUGUGUUGAAACUUGAGCAGUGACAGCAUGGACGCUAGUAUAAUUGUGUACGUCGUGCCCUUAACUUCGAAGAUUUUAUAAAUUUCUUAAACUUAAAAAAUAUGUUUUGCCCUAAUUUCUCUAAUCCAGUGCUCGAUACGAAAUUAACUACUCAAUAUUUCAAAAUGUACAUGGAAGUAUUACUCAAAAUGAAGCAGAUUCUUAUAUAUAAAAUAUAUUUGUAGAUUCGCCGUUGCGUUUUGUA